AUGUACCAGUUUGGGACGAAGGGACAGCGGCCGGUGGAGUCCAUCGUGAAGGUCGUAUUGGACAUGCUCAAGCAGCAUCCCAACCAGGAAUUCACGGAUUCCCAAAUAGAACGGACGACAAGGGAAAGGAUAAUAGGUCAGCCAGCCGUGGUAGGCAUGUUGCAAAACAACCCGAAGAUCGACUACGAUCCCACCACUAGAAGGUACAAGUUCAGGCCUCACUACGAUCUCCGGGACAAGCAACAGCUCCUUCAACUGCUACAUAGUCGGCCAACACUCAUGGUGGAUCCUAAUUUACUCGAGAGUUAUCCGGGAAUCGACGAGGAUAUUUCAAGUUUACUGCGGGAACAUGCCUGUCGAGGCGUGCGGCAUCCUGAUUAUAUCAAGCAAAUUAAAUGCGAGCGAGCACAGGCCGCUGCGGAGCAAGCGGCGGCAGCGAGUGAUGGAACUGCAAGGAAGGCGGCAGGUCGUAGCAACCUCGGAGUUAUCCUUGGCCGGCUUUAUUCCGAUGAAAUCACGAGUAUGGCGAAAGCACUGGAUAGCGAUAUAAAGGAAAUGUGGUUUGGUACGACCUGGCCCAGCAUAGCUGACAUACAAAAAGCUACUAACGAAGGUCGCAAUCAGCAAGCAGAGGUUUUGCAUCGGCCUGUACGGAAGACUAGGGGAGGCCGACAGAGAGGCACUCGCAACAAGAGGACUUCUUCCCGACCUGAGAAAAUUCUCAACUCUUCGCCGCAGAGCAUUGCUUCACCGUCGUCACCAUCGACCCCUUCUCCAUAA